CCGAAUUUAAUUAAAUUAGCCAAGUUGAGCUCCUUCCCACCCAUCAUUUUCCCAUCUCCUCCUCCUCCUCCCAAGAUCUUUAGAGCUCUACCUCCUCCUCCUCCUUCCUUCGUUUUCCUCUUUAUUUUUCCCAAAUAUUAUCUAAAUAUUCUCAUUGGCAAAAUAUAAAAAUGCAGCAGCAGCAGCAGAUGGGUUCAUUCUGCAGCCAAUUGCGGAGCGAGCAUCUGAAACAAUUGAGGGACAUAUUCAAGCGUUUCGACAAGGAUUCCGACGGCAGCCUCACCCAUCUGGAGCUGGCUGCCCUUCUUCGUUCUCUUGGUCUGAAGCCAGGCGGGGACCAGAUCCACGCCCUCCUCACCAACAUGGAUUCUAACCGCAACGGCUCCGUUGAAUUCGAGGAGCUCGUCGAGGCGAUAGCCCCUCUGAUGAGCGAGCAGGCCCUUGCCAACCAGCAGCACCUGCUGGACGUCUUCAGAUCUUUCGACCGCGACGGCAACGGCUACAUCUCCGCUGCUGAGCUCGCCCGUUCCAUGGCCAAGAUGGGACAACCCCUCAACUUCUGCGAAUUGACGGAGAUGAUGCGUGUUGCUGAUACCGACGGCGACGGCGUCAUCAACUUCAAUGAGUUCGCUGCGAUCAUGGCCAAAUCCGCUUCUGAAUUCCUUGGUCUCCCGAUCCUUUAAAUUGUAGCCUCAACCGCUCUCAUUAAUCUUAAUUCCUUUUUAAUUAUUUCUAGAUCUUCAAUGUUAAUUUGUGUUUGACUUUGCAA